AUGUCCUGGUCAGCUGGCGCCCCCGAGAACCGUCCUGUAUUAAACCGGAGGGAAGAGCAUGAAUCUUCGGCGCCACCCAAUUCUAGAUGCUCCACAAGCUCCGGUAUUCUGUUACUGCCAACAGAACUGCUGCUUGAGAUAUUCAGUAAUCUCGAUCAGAUUGACUCGUGCGCCUUGGGUCUUUCGUCUAAUUUUCUUUAUGGCAUAUAUCGCGCCCUGCAUGGCAUCAAGAUGCCACUUAGUACUCGCCGACUCGGUCCUAACUCGCUCGAAUCAGCCUGGCAAAUAGCGGGUUUCAUGUGCGGUCAGUGUGGGAUCCAGCGAUGCGAGCUUUACCAACACAUCAAAUCAUGGAUGCCUCCAGAUCUGGAAUAUUGCGCCAUGAAACGAACUUUUGGGAUCCGUUCUCAAUCCGAAUUAUAUGCUACUUGUUAUCGCAAUAGGCCUAGAACACCAAGCUGGUGUGGUCGACAUCCCUUGCGAACAAUGGUAAUAAGCCAAGCCAAUCUAUCUGGUGACCAUUUCUAG